UUGUCUCGGCUUCCACCACCUCGGUGUGCGUGAGUCUCGACUACGGCAAGCACGCCCACGACAUGGACCUAGCGAACCUCCCCAAGAUGACCUUCAUCGCCGUCUUUGCCGGCUUCUUCUCCGUCCUCGCUACCGCCCGAAGCAAGACAUCCUUUGCCCUCACCCUGCUCCGGCUUAGCCAAGGCUGGGUGAUGAAGACCAUCAUCUGGUUCGUCAUGAUCACGAUGAACGCCAUCAUGGGAACCGCCAUGCUCUUCAUGUGGAUCAAGUGCCGGCCCUUCGCCAAGGUGUGGGACGAUACCUUGGAUGGGUGGUGCAUCGAACCGGCCAAAAUCGUGAUUCUGUAUCAGUGGUCCGUUGGCUGGUCCGGCUGUUCCGACGUGGUUCUCGCCCUUCUCCCUUGGAAUAUCCUCUUCCAUAUGCGCAAGACGUUGGACGUCAAGGAACGGCUUGGGAUUGCAAUUGCUAUGAGCAUGGGCCUCGUUGCCGGUGUCGCAUCCUUCGUCAAGUUGGCCAUGCUGCCGAGACUUACGGGAGAUCCGACUGAUACCGUCACUGUCACCACUUGAGGCAGCGCAGAAGGCGGGCUCACCAUCAUUGCCGCCUCCAUCCCCGUCCUCCGCACUCUCAUCCGUGGCAAGAAGGGUCAUUCAACCGCCAGGAUCGACACGGAAAACGAGCAACGCCUCAACUCGGCAAGCUUCGUAACACUGCCGACAGAGAGAAAAGAAGGAAUAGAUAAUUAUGGAUGUGUACAUCUACGGAGCAUGAUGUGAUAAUUAACAGUGUAUUUUGCUUCAUGCGUUUUGACGUUUGGUUUUCUUGA